AAACGUCUUAUAAUGUGCACACAUUACCGCCAAUUUUACGAUUAUUAGUUCAAAACGGUGUUACCUCGUGUAGAAAAAUUCCGAAAUGUCGGGCUUUAAACGCAUAUAUUUGCUCUACACAUUCGGAUUUCUUAUAAAUUUGCGUCCAAUUGACCCUUUCUUGUACGAAUUUUUCGUUACAAAUAAAAAUAUAACGGAGAAAGAAGUCCGUCGUGAUAUUCUCCCGGUUUUGAGUUAUAGCUCAGCGAUUCAUUCUUUGUUUGUGUUUCUUUUGGCCGACCUCAUCGGGUAUAAAACUUUAAUUAUAAUCUCAGCUUUCUUUGAACUUGUGUCCAUUAGUGCGAAAAAAUGGGGCACUACCAUUCUUGCAAUGGAAUUUUCGGAGGUUUUUCGAGGAGGGUCAGCGGCAACAGAAGUGGCUUAUUUUAUUUUUAUUUAUGGGCAUUAUGAUGGUACAACGUACCAACGGGCCACGGCAUAUGUCAGAAUAGCUGCCCUGAUGGGCAAGACACUGUCUGCAAUUUUAGGACAACUUUUCCAUAACAGUGAUGGCAUGAGUUAUGACGAACUGUACGUCUUAAACCUAGCUGUGAGCGCUUUAGCCACUAUUACAACUUUUUUUCUCCCCACUGAUGGGGAAAACGUCUACCACUUCUCCACCACAUCUGCCACAGUCCAAAAAGCGCCCCCCAACAGAAUCGGAGACAAACUAUUUUUAUUCCAAGCAAAUUUUGUGGAGAAUUUUAGACAAAAUCACAUCCUGCGUUGGUCUUUUUGGUGCGCAUUUUCCAUAUGGACUUACACCCAAAUCUCGUCUUUUAUCCAACCAUUAUGGGCAAACUUACACAAAAGCAAAUACAACGGUACCAUUGAAGCUACUUUAGGUUUUUUGGCGUUUUUGGGGGUCGUCGUGGCUGGAUUUAAAUCGAUUGAUUGGAAAACAAGGACUGUAGUUGCGAUGCAUGUUUUAUCUGGAUUUCAGUAUAUUCUACUCUUGUGCGGAAUAGCUUUUUCCAAUGGUUAUAUCUUGUUUAAUUACGUUUGCUACGUCUUGUUUGGAAUGGUACAUUAUUUUAUUAUCACAGCAAUAAGUGCAGAAAUCGCCAAAAUUCAACAUAAUAACUGCUUUGGAAUGGUGUUUGGGCUCAUUUAUUUUGUGGCUCAUCUAAUGAAUGCUAUUUUGGUUUGUGCUGUUAAUGACGAUGUCGGGAUUUAUAUGUUUACUCCUCAACGCGAAUUUCUUGUAUAUUUUAUUGUGUUCCUUGUAGCGUACAUUGUAUUUUUUGUUGCGUCUCUUAUUAAAGAGAGAGUCAACAAAGUGAUCACAAGACAUUAA